AGAGAGAGAGAGAGAGAGAGAGUUACCAAAACAAAAUAUGAGAGAGAGAGUAUGAUUGGAGAGUGAAGACUGGAAUUUCGUUGGAGGGGCCAUCGUGAUCGGUCUUCCGUUUCUGGCGGUGUUUCAUCAUGAAGCUAUCGAAAGUGUAAUAAGAUACAUUGAAUCCUAUCCAUAUAAGCCACCACGCUGAAGAAGCCCCUCUCCCUCCUGAAGAGUGUGAAGUCUGGAGCAUUCGAUAUCGGAAAUAGGAAACCAGGCGGUGGUUGACUUGGGAAGACCUUGAGUUGAAGAAGACUGUAAUUGAGAGCUUCUGCGUCCACUAGCUGAGAAGAUCAUUCAUUAGAUUGGGUUGGAUUUGUUAAACACUGGUGUGGACUGGGGACUGGAGGGUUGUUGAAUUUACAGGGUGAGAGAAAGAAGGAGAAAGAGAGAGGGACAGACGAUGACGUUGGGGCUGAUCAAUGCUAAUCCGAUCGUACACGCCAAGAAGGAGAGGAUCGCUCGUACUGAAGAUCUCCACGGCGAUGAUGCUGUUGAUCCUCUCGAAAUCUAUGAUUUCGUGAGGGAUAUUAGAGACCCUGAACAUCCUUAUUCCCUUGAACAGCUGAGCGUUCUAUCUGAGGAAUCCGUUACAGUCGAUGAGAAGCUCGGACGCAUUCUGAUAACCUUCACCCCUACUAUACAGCAUUGUAGUAUGGCACCAGUGAUUGGUUUAUGUCUUCGUGUUAAGCUGAUGGGGUGUUUCCCUCCACAUUACAAGGUUGAUAUUAAAGUCUCACCUGGCUCUCAUGCAAAUGAAGAAUCAGUUAAUAAGCAGCUGAAUGAUAAAGAAAGAGUUGCUGCUGCACUGGAGAAUCCCAACCUUCGCCAACUUGUGGAUGAGUGCCUCUACUCCAAUGAACUCUAGAGGAGCUUGUGACUUGUUGUAGAACAUUUUGUACAGUAAAUGUGCUGUUACUUGGUGUAUGUUGCCAUACAUGAAUUCUAUUUUGUAUCAAAGUGUUGUCUUCUAUUCUGCGUUCAUUUAGCAUUGUCUUCCUUCACCCUGUUGUGUCUUGAACAUGUAGCUGACAUUGGGACACUAGUUUAAUUACAACACUAUUUCGCAAA